AAUUCUCUCUCGACCGCGGCAUGGCCGCCGGCCUCUCAUUCCCCCGCGCCGGGGCCCCGUUCAUCCUCCUCCGCACCUCCUGUUUCUCUCCGUGGGCAGCUCUGGUGCCCCGCCGUCGACUUCUCUCUGGGCCUCCCACUGCCGGUGAUCCCCCGCCCCCGGCGCUCCCGCCAACUUCGAAGCUCGCCGCCCCGCCGGUUGUGGGAACGCCGGAGCCCCCGCUGCCGUUUAGGGCCGUGGAGGCGGAGAUCCUUCGCGAUAUUGACCCCGUCGUCCUGCUCAUCAAGGAUAUCCUCCACUCCGAUAGAUACGGGGAUGGCGAAUGUCUCUGCCCAAGGGACGAAAAUGUCGUCGUGGAGAAGCUCCUCUCCUACCAUCCACGCGCGCAGGACAAAAUUGGGUGUGGACUUGACGCUAUAAUGGUUGAUAGGCACCCUGAGUUCAGAAAGUCAAGAUGCCUCUUCGUUGUUCGAACAGACGGUGUUUGGAUUGAUUUCUCAUACCAGAAGUGCCUCCGUGCAUACAUCCGGGAAAAGUACCCGUCUCAUGCCGACAGAUUUAUACGAGAACAUUUCAAGCGAACAUGAAGCAAACCCAAAAGUAAUUUGAAUACAUUGUAUUUUUAUGAGUUUUGGCAUAGUUUAUGUACAUCAUUGACCCUCAAA